GCUCAGGCCCCGCCCCCGAGCUCUUUAUCCUGGGCGGACGUUGGCCGACAGUCCACGGCGGUAAGAUGGCGUCGGUGGCGGAGACGGCCUGGGCUGGCCUCAAGGAUCUGGUGGGGCCCAUGUUGAUGCCCGACCCCGUGGCCCGCUUCACGUGCCCUGUGUGCUUGGAAGUGUACGAGAAGCCGAUGCAGGUGCCCUGCGGACACAUCUUUUGCUCUGCAUGCCUGCAGGAAUGUCUGAAGCCGAAGAAACCUGUCUGUGGGGUGUGUCGCAGCGCUCUGGCACCUGGCGUCCGAGCUGUGGAGCUCGAGCGGCAGAUCGAGAGCACGGGGACUACUUGCCAUGGCUGCCGUAAGAACUUCUUCCUGUCUAAGAUCCGGGCUCAUGUGGCCACCUGCUCCAAAUACCAGAAUUACAUCAUGGAGGGUGUAAAGGCUGCCAGGAUGAACCCAUCUUUUCAGCCAAGGAACGUCCCAAAUCGUUACACCUUUCCUUGCCCUUACUGUCCCGAGAAGAACUUUGAUCAGGAAGGACUUGUGGAGCACUGCAAGGUAGCUCACAGCACGGAUCCCAAGUCUGUGGUUUGUCCGAUCUGUGCUUCGAUGCCCUGGGGAGACCCCAACUACCGCAGCGCCAACUUCAUAGAGCACAUCCAGCGCCGCCACCAGUUUUCGUACGACACUUUUGUGGAUUACGAAGUGGAUGAAGAGGACAUGAUGAACCAGGUGUUGCGGCGCUCCAUCACCGACCAGUGAGCAGCGGUCUCUGUCCUUCCCGUGCUCUAGAGCCUCCAUUAUAUGUUAAAGUGUGAAACCUUUGACUCCUGCUCCUUAACUGUACACACCCCUGGAAUUGGCCACGCUGUUGGGACAGUCACUUUGAUGGGCAUCGAGUCUCUGCUGUCCAUUGGCUGUGGCCAAAGUUGUCUUCCUCCCUGUUAACCUUGUUUGUCACUUGACUCUCAGUCUCAUGGGCUCUCAGCUACUUCUGGGAGCUCCCGCUUCCUCUUGUGGAAGGCAGUGCAGCUCUCCACAUCUUCCUGUUCUCCUGUCAUGCCUGCUCUCCCCCCCCCCCCCCCCCCCCCCGCCUACUGUUAAUCUCUCAGGUCCUCGGCCAGCUGGGACCUUUGCCACAUCACGGAUAGCACAAACGGCCCCUAACCCCAGUCCCAGGUUACAUAGCAUCGCAGAGGACGGGCUGGGCAGAUGUCCCUGGUGUCCCUGUCCACCCCUCCAUCCCUCUGUUGCUAGGCCGCGGCACCUACCUGCAUAGCGGCAGCUGCCCUCUUGAGGUGGAUGUUCUAACUUUCACAUGAUCUGAUACCAGAAGUUUUAUUAGUGAUCUUUUCCUAAGACCUGCAGAUCCUUAGAAUGGACUAGUUCAUCUUAAAUGCUGCACGGUGCCUUUAUUAGAGCCAGGUACGCCUGUUCUCAGUGCGGCGUGGGUAGCUGAGCAGGGUUCAGGUGUACUCUUCCGGCAGCGGCAGGUGCAGGGUCAGCUAGGCAGUGAGAGCAUCGUCUGUGAUCGUCAGGUGAGGAUGUGUUUUCAGGGGGCCGAGUCCUGCCUGCUUCUGUUUGGGAGCUUGCAUACAUGCUUGCUGGAGCACGAGAAGGGUAACUAAGGAGGCGAUUUUAUUUUCUACUUGGUAACUUAGAUGAGCAUUACUUUCCUGUCACACAUGCUUUCCUUAUGGCACUGGUUUCCAUGUCAGCCAGAGAGGCUGCUGUUUGCCCUGUCCUGUCUGACAAGCCCGCAGCGGGAGGCAGCAUCUGGUGAGGCGUUGAAGUUACACAUGUUUCAUGAUUGUCAAGCUGUCAGUCUAAGGCUUGUGAUUUAAGUGGAUUUAAGUCAUUCUCUCCUGUCACACUUCGCUAGCCUGAAAGGCGGUGUUUCUGAUCCAAGGUUCAGGUGGAGGCUUGGACCCUCCCUCCCCACCAAGAAGGAACUUGCUGCAGGUGGCGGGUAACCAGCAAAGACAGGGCCAUUUGGCGAUGCACUUUGAUGUGUUUCACUGGAGAGAGUGUUACGUCAGCUGCGUCACUGUCACUUCUGGAAAAGUUGACCGCCCUCCCUGAGCUGUGACCAUCUAAGCACUGUGGAGGGAAGUUUGUGCAGACACGUUUUAGGCAGCUGAGAAGCGUGUCCAUCUCACUGGCAGGACCAAGAGACUUAAUUGCUUAAGUGCACUUCAUGUAUUUCUUAAAAGAACUUUCCAGAGGCGAGAUUUGUUAUGCUCUUGAGUUUUGAAAGGUGAAAUAUAAAUAAAUUUGAUAACUUAUCCAAGCA